AUGACUGCUUCUCCCCGAGCCUUCCUCCUCUGCCGGCCGUUUGCACCAGCUUCUGAUAUUCUGGCAAUUGCUGCUUCCUUCGAGAAAAAAAUGGCGCUGGACGACGCCAACCCGUUGGCCUUUCAGCACAUAUUUCUCGGUAGUGUCAACGCAUUGGCGUCCACCGAGUCCUCGUCCACGUCGUCGCCGUCGCUGCCGCCAGGGGUCGAGCCUGUCGACUCCGACUUCGUGGUCAUCCUAGCCGCCUUCCUUUAUGCCCUAAUUUUUGUCCUGGGCCUAGUUGUAGUUGCGCGCUGCGCCUGGAUCCGUCGGAUCUCUGGCGGUGGCCGGUCCUCUCUGCCCCCCUUGACAAACAAGGGCCUCAAGAAGAAGGUCCUUUGGUUGCUUCCCAAGGCCACCUUCACCGCCGCCGAGCACGUGGGGAAGCUUGCCGACUGCGCCAUCUGCCUUGCGGAGUUCACCGCAGGGGACGAAAUCCGAGUGCUGCUGCAGUGUGGCCAUGGCUUCUACGUCGGAUGCAUCGACAUGUGGCUUAGAUCUCACUCCUCGUGCCCGUCUUGCCAGAAGAUUCUUGUCAUUGCCCGGUGCCAGAGAUGCGGCGAACUAUUGGCAAACUCCGCCGCGGGAGCUGAAGCCGACGUCGGAGCGAGGGAGAGGGAAGAUUUCAAUGUCAAUGCGUUCUUACCCUAA